AUGUCAAUUCCACGCCCCCUCUCCCUCGAACCAAACACCCUCUACAUCCUCCUCCUCGAUCUAGGCGGCAGCUGUCUCUUCGAAUGGAAACUAUACCUCACCUCAACACCCACAACCGGUCGAACCUUCCACAUAACCAACGAAACAGGCCCAAUAGCCUGGCAAUACAAAACCGAAGUCGUGUACAGCAUAGCAAGCGACAUGCGAGUAGGGCUAGCGCUGAAAAUUGGCGUCAUCGGGCCCGUCAUGCACACCGCACUGAGGACACGUCUGGCACUCGUCCCGCUGGCGCUGUACUCGGGUCGAUUCAGAGAGGGCCUUUGCUGUCGCGUGUGGGUCAAGGAGGCGCUUUUUGCUUUGGAUGAUGAGGGUUAUAUUGGUCUUGUUCAGAGUGUUGUGGAUAUCGAGCAGGAGGCUAGACAGCUUGGGAUGCUUAAUAAAAGUCGGGGGACAAGGUCUGUGGUUAGGAGUAUUGGGUUUGGUGGGUGA